AGCUCAUCCUUGCAGACGAAGAUGGCGCCCAUUGCUUCUUCGAUUCAAGAGCGUUUCAUUUCUCGUCUAGCCGUCACUUCUCACCGGAACAUUUUACCGCCAAAUGCCACGCAUCUCUCUUUUCAAUCUUCUAUUCAAGGUCCGUUUCCUCAAUUUCCAUGUUAUCUUUGCGCUUUUCGGCAUUUAAUUUAACUUUUGAUGUCUGAGUUCUGGGGUUCCGUGCUCAAAUUGUGACGGAGAGGAAGGGUCGGUCGUCGUUUCUGCGAACGGCUGCCGUUCGCCUUUUGGUCGGGUCCGUUACCAGGACCGAAGGCCUUCGAUUCGCCUUGGCUAGUCUUCCCUAGCUGUUUAUGCAAUUUCACUUCCUUUUCUGAAAUCUUUUGCAUUCGAUUUCAGAAAUCUACUUUGCCACAGUUAAAUUGGCCUUUUGACAUUUUUGAAUUGGUUGAGGCACGGUUCAAUGAGAUUGUGACAAAGCAGCUCUUGGAGGGGAGCUGUAGACACCUUCAAGAAGCACUUAGUCAGAGAAGAAGACAUUGAUAUGCGAAACUACCCUGUUUAACCUUUUCUAAUAGUGUUAUAAUGGUUACGAAGUAUGUAUAUGAGUUUGUUUGCUAAUUUUGAGGUUACUACUGUGUGCAUCGACAUAGUUGUCUGGGUUCCUGGUAGUUUUGAAAUUGGUAUUGUUGCAGAAAAGCUCGGGAAGUCUGGAAAGUAUCAUGCAAUAUUAUGCAUUGGGGCUGUGAUAAGAGGUGAUACAACUCACUAUGAUGAUGUUGCUAAUUCUGCAGCAUCUGGGGUGCUUUUUGCUGGGUUAAAGUCAGGUGUUCCUUGCAUAGUUGGUGUUUUGACCUGUGAUGACAUGGAGCAGGCAUUAAAUAGAGCUGGUGGUGAAUCUGGAAACAAGGAUGCUGAAGGUGCUUUGACUGCUAUUGAGAUGGCAUCUUUGUUCGAGCACCAUCUAAAAUAAGUGGCAAUCUUACCUUCUUGAUAAUUGGAUCAAAUAGUUGCAAUUUCUGUUGUGAUUUUCAUCCUUAAGCAUCCAGUAAAUUUCCUCUUGGAACAAUUGCAAAAUGGCAGCGUGGUCUCCCUAAACCAUAAUCAGCAAUUUGUUAUCUCCCUGCUGCCUCUACAGUUGCAAUGGUGCUGAACUGCCCAAACACCGUAAGAGAGUAUACUAUAUGCUAUAAUUGUAGUGUUUUAUUUGAAGUAAAACUUAUUAGACUAAUUCUUGCAACUCAAAAUCAAGAAUCUGGGAACCUUUAUUUAAUCAAAGUGUGUUUUGCAUCGAUUAACACCUGUUUUAAAGUAAAGCAGUUUCAUUGUUACUAGAGCAGUUGUCAUCAAGAGAAUAUAUAAAGAGAAUAUAUGGCAAACUGGCAAUAAAAUUUCGAAGGCAUG